CUAACCUAUUGCGAUUCGAUUUGAAUAUAGUUCGAUAUUGUCUAUUGUUUCUGGACAUUCUCAGGUCAUGCAGAAUUAAAACUAUCAACCUAGGGACUGUUUGAGUUGAAUUGUGAGUUAAAUUUCGAUAGUCUACUCUUGUUAGACCUGUAAACCGAUGAUAUUCAUCGCUAUGUUUUCUCUAACCUUAAACCUUCUCUUGCUUUUUCUUCCACCCAUUCUCUGCCAACCUAUAGAAGAAACAGUUCUUUUGAAAAGUGUCGUGAUCUCCAACCAUUCAGGACCAUUGAACGAGCAUAGUCUUGGAACCUACUUUGAUAGAGUUGGAGAUUUGAAGAUAAAGAACAGCAACAUCAGUGAUUUAUCAAAGGGUACACUGAAACUCUUGUCUCAGUUGCAAAAUUUGACGAUAUCAGAUUCGAGCAUACAGAAAACUGAGGACGAUGUAUUCUCCAGUUGUUGUCCUACGUUGAGGGUGUUACGAGUGACAAACUGGAAGGAUAUGGAAGAAGAGGAUCUACGAGGGAUCGGUACUUUGCCAUUGGAGACACUCAGUAUCGACCAUCAGAAUUUAACGCAACUGGGGGAGGAUAUUUUUAGGAAUACCAAUUUGAAGUGUCUUUCCCUGGAUCAUAACAACAUCAAAUAUUUGUCGAACGCUGUUUUUGACGAUUUGUACCAACUGGAAGAGCUGUCGAUAAGCUGGAACGACCUGGACGAACUGCCUAGGGAUGUUUUGGCGCCUUUGAAAAGGCUUAAAACGCUCAAGUUGGAAACAGAUAGAUUCAGCAAAUUCUCCUGGGUAAACCUAACCUAUCUUCCAGAGUUGACCGAGAUUUAUUUGACGAAGAAACAAAUGGUGGAAGUCAACUUGUGGGGUAUCCAAGAAAAAGCUCCAAAAUUGAAGGAUGUAUACCUGGUGGGAAAUGACGGAAUUGUGACAGAUGAAAAUGAGGGUCCUACAAUACAUUUUUAAAGAGAAUAUGCGAAUUGGACGUUUCAUGUGACCUUAAUGUAGAUGGUAUCAUAAAAAUCAGGAAAUUAACUUAUGCUUGUAAUUUUUAUCCUGUUUUCUUUUAGAAUCACAUCAUUUGUUACUAUUUUGAAUUCAUUUUCUGCUGAGAUUAAUUUUCGAAAGCAAUUUCAUUUUCAUCAAGUAUGAUUUAAAAAAGAAUUUUAUUCUGAAUAAGAAAUUCAAGUGGGCGCAUUCACCAAAUAUAUUGAGUUGAGCAUUUAUCCACCUAUUGAGACGUGUGUUAGCUUUCCAUUCAUUAUUCAAAUCAUUAAAAAGAAUAUUCAAUAUUUUCUGUUGGUGAUCAUGUGUAAUGUCUAAUUUUUUCAGUACAGAAAAAAUUUAAUCUGUCAGUGAAGAAGUAAAUAUGUUUUUCUCUUCUUUUGAGACGAGAAUGAAUGAAAUUUUAUGCUACCUCAAACAGGUUUUCUGAUUUGAUUAAAAGAAGAUGAGCUGAAUGCUUCGUAAAUACAUAUUAUGAAUAAUUUAAAAUAUCAUUUAGACCAUCUCAUUUGUUAUUAUUGAAUAUUAUAUUUAGCUCUUCUACUCUUCAUUGGAAAAAUACUUGCUAAAAAACUAACCAAUUCAGUGAAUUCUCCACAGUUUUUUCUUCGUUGAAAAUUCCAAAAUUGUUGUUCAUCUUGAAUUGAAUCUUCUGAUUAUAUUCUUCUGUUUGAGGAAGUUUGAGGCUGGUAGUUACCGAAAUACGCUGUAGCCAAACUGGGACCAAUAAAAAACAAUUAAGGAGACCUUAACAUUUAGAAGAAUGAAGAAGUUAUUAGGUUCUAUUAAGUCUAGCCCAGAGGCUUCUUCUUUUGUACGAUAGAUAUAAAUGCUUGAAGAAUUCCAAGCAGCGUAUUUUUUUUGGCUUGUAUUAUUCGCUAAUUAACUCGAUGAUUUUCAUUUUAGUUUCAGUUAUGGUAUAAUUGAAUAAGAUGAGAAGAUUGAUAGGUUUUUUUAG